AUGGCCCUAUGGGCAGCAUCUAACCGAGCGACCGUGCCCGCGAUGUUUCCAGAAGCUCUCGAUAAACUUGACACCGAAGAAGAAUCCCCAAACCCCGCUGCCAUCGCGACAACGUUCCACAACCCUUUCUGUAACCAUGAGCAUAUCCUAACGUACGUUGCGAACUUAACGCAAUUUCCCGCCCUUUAUAUUGUUGAGAGGCAUGGGCUUCUGCCAUCCACCAUCAUGCCCCCAGCCCCAUCUCGACGGAUGGUCCCAAAGGACCGAUUUGGCCAAUUGUUCGGCAGCUUGAAAAUUCAGAGCUAUUAUGACCCUGCAGCGCGAGGCCCGGGCUCUCAUACCAUUCGUACCCUUGCAUGGAAUCCGACGGGCAGCUUGAUCGCAACCGGCUCGGUGGAUCGCACCCUACGCAUCUGGAACCCUGAGCGCACACAUGUAAAGUACUCGACGGAGCUGCGUGGACAUUCUUCUGGUAUAGAAAAGGUUACCUUUAACCCUGUCAAAGAAUCGGAAUUGGCAAGCUGCUCGAGUGAUGGAACUGUCCGUUUCUGGGAUGUACGGUCUAAAACGUGUAUUAGCCGCGUGGAUGUAGGAGGCGAGGCAUUUACGAUGGCAUGGACUGCUGAUGGAAGCGUAAUACUCGUGGGCAGGAAGGAUGACACAUUAAUACCCAUCUCAGUCGAGUCUCCGUCUACCCCCGCUCUUCAAACACCCUCCGGAACCACCGCCCCGACCAACAUUUUCAAGGCACUCACGCCACAUCCACAACCAGUCCAAACCAACGCUACCGCAUUUUCACACUCUCUUAAUACUUCCGAUCUCGACCUCUUCCUCACCACCGGUGACGGUACCGUAAAAGUCGUCUCCUACCCGUCAUUCAACCUCCUCCACACAAUCCAUGCCCACACAUCCGCGUGUCUUUCAAUCGCACUCAGCCCUACAUCGCGCUACCUAGCCGUUGGCGGAAGUGACGCUUUAAUAUCCCUCUGGGACACCACAGACUGGAUCUGCAAACGCACCGUAUCAAGUGCCAACGGCGGCGCCGUAAGGGGCGUCAGCUGGAGCUGGGACGGUCGAUUUAUCGUGGGAGCUUGCGACGAGCCCGGCUGUGGCGGCUCUGGGCUCGAGAUUUUCCACGCUGAAACGGGAGAAAGUGUAUAUACCAUUCCUACAGGAGGACUGGGCUCUGCGGCUGGAGCCAACGGGGUAGCUGGAAUUGGAAGCGGCCCUGGAACUUCUGUCGGCGUCCCCGCUGUCGCUUGGCACCCGUCUCGCUACUGGCUUGCUUAUUCUGUCACCGCUGACGGGAUGGGGAGUAGUGGUGGUGGGUUAAGGAUUGUCGGAGCGGGGAGUGGAUCGUUGUGACAUGCAAUAGCGUCGGGCUAUGGGAGACUUAUAGUAACCAGUUGAAAUGGCUUCCAAUUCCUCAACAGGUUCUUCGAUAGAAGGGGAAAAGACAGUACAAGCGACGAGCCAGAUAAAAUUGAGGGAUGACUUGUUCUAAUCUUCUUGAAAGCAGGUACAUUUUUCUCCCCCACUUCUAAGGGAAUUUAUUCAAUUAUUUAUAUUAUACAUCUAGAUAUCACAAUAUACAUUCAUGACGCGCUAUACAUAUGAAAAUCGUAUUUUUACCUUUUCGUUUU